AACAUCUGUGAAGACUUUAAUGAACGAAACAAAAUUUUUGGAACUAUCUGCUUGCACUACUGCAUAACAGAAACCUUGAAGUCAUUGAAUGUUCGUAUUUGUAAAAUUAUCUAUUCUUCGAUUGGCCAACUGACAGCUGCAUAUUCUGCAGGAGUUAUUAGUCUGGAUAAAGUUAUUUUGAUAGGAAAAGGAUUGAUUGGAAAAAGUAAUGGAACAGCAAAAUUUGUGAGUGAAGAACUUAGACAAGUCAUGCUGCAGAAGAAAUUAACUAAACAUAGUUUAUCAGAAACAAACAUUGAUAAUUUUCAAUAUGUUUCUGAUAAAUAUAUUGUGAACAACUUACUCAAUUCUUCUGCAAAUGAAUGGAGUAAUAAAUAUGUGAUUAUCGGUGUAGAUUUUGAUGGUGCAGAUGAUUCUCCUCAAAUAGUUCACAUGAUUCACAGAAAUACGACUGUGAACGAUAUGUUAAUUAAAUUUGGGGAGUUGUAUACAUUGGGUAUAGAUUUCGAUUUGGGAAAGUUGUAUCCAAUUCAAUGGCCAGUUAAGAGAGGAACGGCAAUGAUUUCUCCAUUGAUCAAAUGGAAACAUGAUCAUGACUUUCGGACACCAAAACAUAAAGUUGAUGAAAAUAACGAGACCGAAAAACAUAUAAACACAUCUAAUCAUCAAUUUAGCUUCUACAAAGGACAUGUUUUUAAUGGACAAACUAUUUUUCCUGCUACUGGAUAUUUAUUCCUAAUAUGGGAGUUCUACGCUUCAAUUAAAGAUAGAUCGAUGAAGAAUAUGAAGAUUUGCUUUGAAGACGUUAGAUUUCACAUAGCCUCGACAAUAGCUAAAGAUGGCACUUUUAGCUUUUACUUAACCAUUCAAAAGACCGGGUAUUUUGAAAUAUCCCUAAGAAACACAACUUUGGUUACAGGUAGAAUAUUUGAAGUCGAAACUUGUGAUAUAGCAUACGAAGAUAGAGUGAUUGAUACCAAUUUACCAAUGCUUACAAAGAAUGAUAUCUAUACCGAAAUGACUCUGAGAGGUUACGACCACAAAGACCAAUUCAGAGGAUUGCAAAAGAUGACUGGAAAUAUGGCUUUUAUUGAAUGGACUGGAAAUUGGGUUACUUUUUUGGACAACAUAUUGCAGUUCAUGAUACUACAGCACGAUUCUAGAAACAUAUAUAUACCUAUAGGAUUGGGUAAAGUUGUCAUCGAUGCCAAAGGUCAUAUGGAUCAAAUCAAAGAUUUGGGCAAAGAGAAUGCUAUACCUGUGGAAAUUAAUUACAAUAUUGCCAGGUCAAAAAAUGUAGAAAUAACAUCUUUGUAUGAUAAGAUCACUAUAAAGAGAAAAACACAAAACGAUCCCACAUUAGAGACGUACAAGUUUAUACCGAAUGAGUCAAGUUUGAGUCUAGAGGAAUCAUUGAUAGUUAACAUGCAGAUCAUAUUAGAAAAUAUUUCAAUGGUAAAUGUAAAUAUUUUGGAGAUUUUUGAUGCCAAAACAUCAAAUUUACAACCUGUUGCAAUAUAUGUUAAAGAAAUCCUAAAUAAUAUAAUUAAAGUUCAUGCAAAUAUAACAAUAUAUUCCCCAAGGAAACUCGAAAACAUCAAUGGUGUUCAAAUUACGGAUAAACCUCCAGAAGAACAAAGCGCGUUGAUUUGCAUCGGAUAUAAUUUGUUAAGAUACUAUGAAAGUAUGCAAAAAGCUUUAACUUAUAUAAUUAAAGAAGGUUACAUAAUGUCCUUCGAUAAAGUGGUGGCUCCUCCUAACAAACA